AUGCCGCGCUUCCCGGUGAAGAAGGUGCGCAAGCAGGCGAAGCUGCUGCUGCUGCUGCUGCUGCUGACCGGCGCCGCCUGGCUCACCUUCGUGCACCUGAGCCUGGCGCGCCCGGGCCGCGCGCCCCGCCGGCGCCCGGGACUCCCGGGAGAGAGUGAGCGGCCAGUGGGUGUGACUGAGGGGCGAAGUGUCCAGACCGUGCCGUCCCCACAGCAGACGGAGGAGUCCAGUGAGAGUCAGGAAGAGGAGCAGGGGCUGGAUGGUCACAACCCGGAUGCUCUGUUUCCUGGGGGUGCUAGGAGGUCACUCCCCGUGAACCUCACUCACCAGGUGCCCCCAUGGCGGGAGGAGUACAAAGGGCAGGUGAACCUGCAUGUGUUUGAGGACUGGUGUGGAGGUGCAGUGGGCCACCUGCGAAGGAACCUACACUUCCCACUGUUUCCCCAUAUUCGCACCACAGUGAAGAAGCUUGCCGUGUCCCCCAAGUGGAAGAACUAUGGCCUUCGGAUCUUCGGCUUCCUCCACCCAGCGAGAGAUGGUGAUGUCCAGUUUUCUGUGGCCUCGGACGACAACUCAGAGUUCUGGUUGAGCGUGGACGAGAGCCCAGCGGCUGCCCGGCUGGUGGCCUUUGUGGGCAAGACUGGCUCUGAGUGGACGGCUCCUGGAGAAUUCACCAAGUUCAGCUCGCAGGUGUCAAAGCCAAGGCGGCUCAUGGCUUCCCGGAGGUAUUACUUCGAGCUGCUGCACAAGCAGGACGACCGUGGCUCGGACCACGUGGAAGUGGGCUGGCGCGCCUUCCUGCCUGGCCUGAAGUUUGAGGUCAUCGGCUCCGCCCACAUCUCCCUGUACACAGACGAGUCCGCGCUGAAGAUGGACUAUGUGGCCCACGUGCCUCAGUCUCCAGCCAGCCACGUUGGGGGGCGCGCACCGCCGGAGGAGCCGAGCGCCGACAUGCUGCGGCCGGACCCCAGGGACACCUUUUUCCUCACCCCACGCGUGGAGCCCGCCAGUGUGGAGAAUGUGCUGGAACCCUGCGCCUACGCCCCCACCUACGUUGUCAAGGACUUCCCCAUCGCCAGAUACCAGGGCCUGCAGUUUGUGUACUUGUCCUUCGUGUACCCCAACGACCACACGCGCCUCACCCACAUGGAGACAGAGAACAAGUGUUUCUACCGCGAGUCGCCACUCUACCUGGAAAGGUUCGGGUUCUACAAAUACAUGAAGAUGGACAAGGAGGAGGGCGAGGAGGAGGAGGUGCAGCGCCGGGCUUUUCUCUUUCUCAACCCGGAGGACCUCCUGGAAGAUGAAGGCGAGGGGGACCUGCUGGACGGCGCAGAGCCCACAGAGGUGGCCGGCAGCUUUGCCUCCCCGACGCCCCCCAGCGCCCCGGAUGAGCUGACGCCCCGGCGCUCCCGCGCCCUGAGCUGGGCCGCAGGGGCUGCACGCCCCCUACCCCUCUUCCUGGGCCGCGCCCCGCCGCCCCGCAACACCGAGCGCCAGCGCCCGCCUCCGCCCCCACGGGUGUACGUGACCCGGGUGCGGCUGGGCCGUCACAGGAGCCCUGGGGCAUCUGCACUGCGUGGCCCGCCCUGGCCGCCUUUUCCAGGUGUCUUCCUGCGCCCCAGGCCUCUACCCAGAGUGCGGCUGCGGCCACCCCCACACGCGCCCCAUCCCCGUGGCCGCAGGACUGGUGCUCCCCAGACCCACGCAGAACCCACCGCAGGGGCCUGGGAGGGCCAGGCCAGCUCGCCAGGGCCCCCAACACCAGUAGCCUCCAACUGGUCUUCAGAGACGCGGCCCGUCACCUCCUUCCUGAGCCUAUCCCAGGCGACCCGGCUGAGGGAGGGCGAGGAGGAGGAUGAUGGAGAGGAGGCAGCGCUUGGCGACAGCGCGGAGGCGGCCAUGGGCCGGGCCCCGGGGCGCUGGCGUGAGGCGGCCAUUGAUUGGCAGCGCACGUUCAGCGUGGGCACCGUGGACUUCGAGCUGCUGCGCUCCGACUGGAACGACCUGCGCUGCAAUGUGUCUGGGAACCUACAGCUGGCUGAGGCCGAGGCCGUGGACGUGGUGGCACAGUACAUGGAGCGGCUCAACGGGCGCCAUGGCGGGCGCUUCGCACUGCUGCGCAUCGUGAACGUGGAGAAACGCCGGGACUCGGCUCGCGGGAGCCGCUUCUUGCUGGAGCUGGAGCUACAGGAGCGUGGCGGUGGCCGCCUGCGCCUGUCGGAGUACGUUUUCCUGCGUCUGCCCGGGGCCCGUAGCGCCGAUGCCAACGACGGCGCGGAGACACAGAGCCCCGCGCCACCCGCCGCUGCCUCGGCACGCCCGGACGGGCGCCCUGAGCUGUGCCGGCCACUGCGCCUGUCCUGGCGCCAGGACGUGACGGUUCACUUCAUCGUGCCAGUGAAGAACCAGGCGCGCUGGGUGGCACAGUUCCUGGCGGACAUGGCCGCCCUGCAGGCGCGCACUGGGGACUCGCACUUCAGCGUGGUCUUGGUGGACUUCGAGAGCGACGACAUGGACGUGGAGAAGGCCCUGCGCAUGGCACGACUGCCCCGGUACCAGUAUCUGAGACGCACGGGGAACUUCGAGCGCUCGGCUGGGCUGCAGGCUGGAGUAGACGCUGUGGAGGAUCCCCGCAGCAUCGUCUUCCUCUGCGACCUGCACAUCCACUUCCCACCGAGCAUCCUAGACAGCAUCCGCAAGCACUGCGUGGAGGGCAAGCUGGCCUUCGCCCCCGUGGUCAUGCGCCUGGGCUGCGGGAGCUCUCCAGGGAACCCCCGCGGUUACUGGGAGGUGAACGGAUUCGGCCUCUUCGGGAUCUACAAGUCCGACUUCGACCGCGUGGGUGGCAUGAACACAGAGGAAUUCCGCGACCAGUGGGGCGGCGAGGACUGGGAGCUGCUGGACAGGGUCCUGCAGGCGGGGCUGGAGGUGGAGCGGCUGAGGCUGCGGCACUUCUACCACCACUACCACUCCAAGCGUGGCAUGUGGGGCGCCCGUCCUGGGGGACCCUGACGACGCACCCCGGCCCGGCAGCCCCCCACCACUGCGCCUGUCUGGCCACCCCAGCGCCGAGCUGGCCUCCUGCGCACUGCGACGAUUUCUGUGAAAUUUUGCGUAGUGAUGACAUUGUUUUCAGGAUUUCCGUCUGUUCUGGUUUUUAUUCAGAAUGAAAUGAAAUAUUUUUUUUAGUUCGGA